AUGGCUGGUCAAAGUCGCCCCCAGGGUGCUGAGUUCGUUCUGGCUGGCCUCGCGGCGUGCGGCGCCAUCACCUUGACAAAUCCCAUCGACGUGGUCAAAACCCGGUUGCAACUGCAAGGCGAACUUGCUCGAGGCCCUGACCGGGCAUACACGGGCAUCGGCCAAGCGCUGCUGCGCAUUGCGCGGAAGGAAGGAAUCCGGGGGCUUCAGCGUGGCCUGGGGGCGGCGUACCUCUUGCAGUUCAGCAACGUGGGCUGCCGCUUCGGUGCCUACGGCUCUUUGAAGCAGCUCCUUGGGGUGAAGCCCGGGGCUUCCGCGACAGACAGCCUCUCGUCCAUGCUUUUGGGAGCAGCCUCAGGCUCGCUCGCAGCUGUGGUCUCCAACCCUUUCUUCCUCCUCAAGUCGCGGUUUCAAGCGGCUGGAAGUGAAGACGUGCUUCAUCAGCACACCCACAAGUCUCUCAGGCAAGCCUUCUCGGAGAUUGGGCAGGCUCAGGGCUUUCGCGGCUACUACCGCGGCCUCUCGGCCUUUGUGCCAAGAGUUGCUGCUGCCACAUCGGUGCAGCUGUCUACAUACGACAUCAGCAAGGACUUCAUUCUGCGAUGGGUGAAGGUUCAGGAAGGAGUUGCCACUCACUUCGUUGCUAGCCUCCUGUCUGGCGUCGCUGUCACUUUUGCGAUGCAGCCCUUUGACAUUGUAGCGGUCAGGCUCAUGAACCAACCACACAGAGAGUGUGGUAGUGGGGUUCUGUAUUCUGGACCGAUGGACUGCUUCAAGCAGAUGCUGCAGGCAGAAGGGGUGUCGGCAGCUUACUUGACACGUAUCCACCACGAGUCGUGA